AAUGCUGCUCCCUCAUCCCUUCCUGAUGGACGGCAGGAGGGAGAGUGAGAGGUAGAGAGACAGAAAGAGACAAGUAGAGUCAAAGAGAAGGAGAGACAGACAAAGAACGGGAGAGAGAGGGAAAGAUACAGACACAAAAUGGGACAGAAGUAAGGACAGACAAAAAGCAGAUUGCCAACGCUCCCUUUUUCUGUCUUUCUGUGUGUUAGGUAGGAUAGACAGACAGUCAAACGGAGGGGCAGGGAGGACAUAGAUAUAUAGGGUCUGAAAGGACAGACAGAUAUAAGGGUAUAAAAGACAGAUCAAUACAGUAACCGACGCAGACAGGCAGAUGAACAGAAAGCGCAGACAGAGGAGAAGAAGUGACACGAACAGUGGAAUGUUGCUGCAGGUCUUGCUGACGCUCAGUGUAGGGGUCGCACAUUGUGAUGCUCAAGCAGGAUGUCUAUCUUACCCAGAGCUGUCUCUGGAACUCGUAGAACACGGUGACGCCUUGCUAUGCAGCUUUUGCCAUAAGGACCUAAUUGAACCCAAGAACGGUAUCGUUUUUAUCUGGAAAUUAAAUGGAGCAAAGGUCAAUAACAAAAGCAAACAGAAAGGCCGGUACCCCCUGGAACGCAAUUAUAACAACAACAAACCGUGGACAGUGAAAUGUGAACUGAAAAAUUAUUCUUAUAUCAAUGCAGAGUAUAACAUGGAGCCAGCACAAUUCAGACAGAGGAACUUGUAUAAAGGGUGUACAUCAUACCCUUUGCUGUCUCUGGAACUCACAAAACAAGCCUCACUCGGCACCCUGCUAUGCAGUUUUUGCCAUAAGGACUUCAUUCAACCUAAGAGGGACUUUAAUUUCAUCUGGAAGUUAAAUGGAAGCAACGUCGUUAACGGGGACAGACAGAAAGACAGGUUCGUUCUGGACCUCACCAACCAAAACAACUAUGGACAAUGGACUUGUGAACUGGAGUAUAACUCUCGUAUCAGAGCACAGUAUGACCUGGGACCUCCGAUAGGAGAUAUGGAUAAAGAUAUAGCAAGCAAUACAAUUCCACACAGAAUUCUAGUAUCAAUUAUCACAGUAAUCGUGUUAAUUCUUCUCCUCAUUGUCAUCAUCGCCACUGCCACAGCAUGCUACAUGAUGGAACAAUGCAGAAAGAAAUCAGCUUACAAGCGAAAAAACAGAGAGAAACGAUCCAGCACUGGUUCGUUAAAAGAGACUUUACGUUUAGAAACCCUUAAGACAGACAUGAAAAUGGACGAGGAUAAUGUUUCCUACGUUGAGCUACAGUUGGGACCAAAGCAGCCCUCCCGAAACCUUGCAAAUCCCCGUUCAACCAUCUACGCCUCGAUUAUGUGAUUCCGUGGGUUUUAUCAGUAAUGCAGACACCGUACCCAGACUUCUCAAAGUUAUUGGUUGGUACAGGGAUUUUUGGCCAGCUCCUUUAACUCCGUAUACAUGAAAUCACAUGGGUUGUUCUCUCUUCUCUAAGUUUAACCACCAACAGCUUAUGUCUAUUUACUAGUGAGAAACACUAUGUUCUGGGCAAGAAAACAAAGAAAAAUGACAGAUGCGAAAACCAUGUCUGAAUGUAUAUAUGCACAAUUGAACUAUUUCCCUAACUCAUAGGAAAAACCAACCUUUACCCUCACAUUAUCCUGUGUAAAACGAAGCCAAAUGCUGUCAUUUUAGGCAACUGUGCUGAUCGGUGACUGACAGGUGGAGAGACCAUAGUCAAGAUCUAUAGAUUUGUUAAUGUACAGAUAAAUGUGUCACUUGAGAAGGAAAAGUACAUUUUCUGUUAAUA